GUCUUAUUCCCCCACUUCCCCCCAUCCAACCCUUCAAAACCCCUCUCCCCCUCCCAAAUCUAACCCUCCACCGUCCGAUCAGAUCUGCAGCCCCCGCCCCCACACCCCAUACCUCCAUACUCCCUCGACAGUUCACUUCCCCAGAUCCAACCCUCUCUCUCUCUCUCCUCAACAUACAUCCACUCAGGACCACUCCGACUACAGACCACAGAGAGAGAAGAGAGUAAAAAAAAACUCAAAACUUUCCAAUUCUGCCCAUGGUGGUGGACGGAGGACACUCGUGGACCACCCGCCGGGGCAGCAACCCCCGCCUGGAAGACCAACAAAUCGUCGACAUUCCAUCCACCCCCACCGCCGACACCCGCACCGCCGGAUCCCUCCUCUCCCCGAGCAUUCUGACGGCGGCGAUCAUCCUCUCCUGGUACCUCUCCAACAUCGGCGUCCUCCUUCUCAACAAGUACCUCCUCUCCAUCUACGGCUUCCGCUACCCCAUCUUCCUCACCCUCCUCCACAUGCUCUCCUGCUUCUUCUACAGCUUCCUCGCCGUCAACUACCUCCGCCUCGCCCCCUUACAGCCCAUUCUCUCCCGCCGCCAGCUACUCAAGAUCCUCACCCUCUCCGUCAUCUUCUGCUUCUCCGUCGUCUGCGGCAACACCUCCCUCCGUUACCUCCCCGUUUCGUUUAACCAAGCCAUCGGCGCCACCACCCCAUUCUUCACCGCCAUCUUCUCAGUCCUCAUCACGUGUAAAAAAGAAUCCAAGGAGGUUUACCUCGCCUUGUUACCGGUCGUGUUCGGAAUCGUGAUAGCGAGCAACAGCGAGCCGUUGUUUCAUUUGUUAGGUUUCUUAAUCUGCGUCGGCUCUACCGCCGGCCGGGCCUUGAAAUCGGUUAUCCAGGGUUUGAUUUUGACGUCGGAUUCGGAGAAAUUGAAUUCGAUGAAUCUGUUGUUGUACAUGGCGCCGAUGGCGGCGGUGAUUUUGCUGCCGUUUUCGGUUUACAUGGAAGGGAAUGUGGCGGCGAUUACGGUGGAGAAAGCGAGGGAGGAUUGGUUUAUUGUUUUUCUGUUGGUCGGGAAUGCGACGGUGGCGUACUUGGUGAACUUGACGAAUUUUUUGGUGACGAAGCACACGAGCGCGCUGACGCUGCAGGUGCUGGGGAACGCGAAGGCGGCGGUGGCGGCGGUGGUGUCGGUGUUGAUUUUCAGGAAUCCGGUGACGGUGAUGGGGAUGGCGGGAUUCGGGGUGACGGUGAUGGGAGUGGGGCUUUACAGCGAGGCCAAGAAGAGGUCGAAAGGUACAGCUCAUUGACAGAUACGAUGGUUCGAUUCUUUUUUGCUUUAAUUCGAUGCUCUUUUUUUUUUAUUAAAUGAAAAAAAAAAGAGAAAAAGAUUAGUGUUUUACUCCUACUUUGUUUAAAGUUCUGAAUGGAAUGAAGGAAAAUGAAAGAGGAUUGGGAUUAAAGGGGAAAACUUUCGAUGAUUGCAAUUGUAUAGGAUUAUGAUUUAUGGGAGACAAGAAGGGUUAUGUGUUUUGUUCUUUCCACAAUUUUUGUUUUAGGUGGUGAUUUGAGAAUUUUGAAAAUUCAGAUCUCUCAUUUUGCUUGCCCCUGUUUGUAACUUUAUAUGUCGGUUGCUGCAUUUGUAGAACACAAAAAAAUGAAGGCUGAUUGAUUCUUCAUGUUGUUA